UGCCGUGUGGUAUCCACGUGCGCCUUGAUCCGCAUCACACAUCACAGGAGCGGCGUCUCUGACCGUCACGUCGCCAUGGAUCAACUGCUCGACCGCUUCGCCGAGGCGGUCCGUUCAGGAAAUGGCCCCCUCUUGGCGACCACGCUCGCGCCAGCAGAAUCGGCAGAGAACCUUCAGAAGCUCCAGGCCAUCUGGAACAGCGCCUCACCCCAAGAUGUCAAGGGCGUGAUCCGCAACCGAAUCAGGAAGAAGGUCGGCUCUCACCUCUCCAACGAUGAGGUACAGGGCUGGACAGAGGUCUUCACUGCCUUCUGGAAGGCCGUCGGCGAGAUCCUCUCCAUCAAUGGCCUUUCGGGGGCACAGACCAAGCCGUCAUGGUCAGGCGUGUAUGAGGCGUGGAAAGAGCUGAACUCGAUGAUCAUUCGGGGCUACACCAACCACGGCUUUCUGGCCUGGACUAUCCCAUGUCUGUACGUGGCAGGCAAGUACCUGAGACUUUUCGCCGUCAAGGCCGAUGAGGAGCGCAGCAGGACCUCGAGCGACGCCAACAACACAACGUUUGAGGACGACUUUGAGACAGAGUCGGACAAGAACAAGCAGCUUGAAGACUGUGCGAGACAACUCAACCGGAUAUUUACCCUCUGCCUCAGCGACAGAGCUCCGUUGGAGGAUUCAAGGAAAUGGGGCAUUUACUACAUCAUCAAUCUGCUGUUCAAGACAUACUUCAAACUGAACUCGGCGAGUCUGUCGCGGAAUAUCCUGAAGGCGCUCAAUGCAUACAAGGGCGACAUGCCCGCCCUGGUGCAGUUUCCCAAGUCCCAACAGGUCACCUUCAGGUAUUAUGAGGGCGUACUCUCGUUUCUAGAUGAGAAUUAUGUCGAGGCCGAGACGCACCUUGAACAGGCAUACACUCUUUGCCACAAGGACGCUCUCAAAAACAAACAGUUGAUACUCAUGUAUCUUAUUCCGUGCCGCCUCCUGACAAGUCACACACUCCCGAGCCCAGCACUCUUGGAGCCCUACGCAAGGCUGCAGGAGCUUUUCCUCCCUCUGUCGCGAUGCAUCAAAAAGGGAGAACUGCAUUCCUUCGACCUUGCCCUACAGGCUGGCGAGGAGACUUUUGUGAAGCGCCGAAUCUAUCUCACUCUCGAGCGUGGCCGCGACGUUGCCCUACGCAACCUGCUGCGCAAGGUAUUCCUGGUCGGCGGGUUCGAGGAGUCCAAAGACUCCAGCGCAGCGCCGAUCCGCCGCACCCGGGUGCCCGUGGCAGAGUUCUCGGCCGCCAUCAGCCUCAACAGCCAACACUCUCUGGAUAGCGACGAGGUUGAAUGUUUGUUGGCAAACAUGAUUUACAAGAAUCUCAUGAAGGGAUACAUCCACCGAGAACGUGGAAUCGCCGUGCUCAGCAAGACCGGGGCCUUUCCGGGAACUGGCGUGUGAGGGGUGUCGAGGCCAGGAAGGAACAAUGACCUGCGCUGGGACUCAUCCCGGCAGUGUCAUCUUUGGCUCGACCUGGAUCAGCCGUGGGACACCUCGAUGCAACCAGGCCAUACCUGCAACUAGUAUACGACUCACUGGUGCAUACAUGACCCUUCCCCAUGUCUGCGCUCGGCCCUUUAUCGACAGCGCGGGGCCCAACCGAUCGGUGCCAGGCCAAGGCCCCUCGGGCGAACCAUAUCUGUGACCUGACAAGAGGCCCGGCGCUACAUUCGCGUGUGGGGGAAGCUGCAAAUCACUUUGGCCUGUGACUCAUUUAUUCCACCCGUCCCGUUUAGUCCGCGGGAACCAGAAGUUUUAGGCGCUUCCACAGUACGGAUUCCUCCGUCGGGUCUACAGGUCCCGCUUCUAGACGCCUUUCUGACAAUGGGGUCAAAAACCUUGGCGUGGGUCCUGAUAUAGGGUUAAUACUCCAAAACAAAUUGCCUAUCAUUGGAACACCGGGGCGAAAAAAUGGCACCGAACGAGCUGCAUUAUGUGCUUCUCCCAGAGGAGGGUUUGACCAGAUGUCAAGAGGCCAUCAAAGAGUGUUGAGAAGGAUAUUGAUACAGUUUCGUCCUUGCGGUGCAAUCUUUGUAGUAACGUCCCAUCCCUCAGCCCAAGCCCCAUCCCCGUAUACACCAGCGUCGUAGUGUGGGAUAUCUCAAAAAGCGGGCAAAGAUGGAUCAGAAAAAUUGACCGACACGAGAGAUGUCGGUUAGAAAUACAGUGCCCAGAUAUCCAAACAAGACAAACAUGUAAAAGGAAAUAAAAAAAAUAAUAAAAAGGCAAGGAGAUGGCAGGCACUUGCCUCGCCCCGCUCUCAUACCAGAGUUCCCGACAGAAAAUGAGUCUAAUGGUACAGCGAAAGGCGGAUAAACAGUAGCGACGAUUGAAAAAAUGCACGCAACUCGAGUCUGGAGAGAAUCGACGGGAUAUUGACGCAGGAAUGGGCAAAAAUGAUGAAGGACCAAAAUCAUGCCGCCAGAAAAAGAAGUCCGCAACACCGGUUUGUCGUUCCCAGUCUUGAAAAGGAAUAAAAUGAUGUAAGGAGGAGAAGAGGGGGAAAUGAAACGGCAUUUGAAAGAUCCAUAAAAGCCAAGGAUUUUUUUUUGUCGUAUCGAAGAGGAGAAAGGCAAGGAUGAGUUAGAGAAGGGGCGUAAAUCAUUAGAGGCUGGCAUUGCCGGGUGGACCAGGGUAUUGUUUCUCUCCUUUUUUUUUCGUGGGGUAUUUGUCUUUUCUUUGGAAGAUGCACGAUGCGCGUGAUACUUGGACAAGGCAGCAAGCAGAAAGGCAGGGCUUGAGAUGGGCGACGAUAGCAUUGGCUGAGGGGUGCGACAGCAACUAUGGGGGGCCUAGGAGUGGCGACCGCUGCGAGGCGUGCUUCUGGAUCGACAAACAGGUGGUUAGAGUCAACCCAAUGAGGGAGGGAAAAAAAGACCCGCCAGGCAGCAAGGCAGCAGCGUCUAUCGGACAAAAAGACUCACUGUGCGGUGGCGAUGUCGUCUACGUGGUUGCACAGGGCGACAAAC